AUGGCUGCGGUGGCCCGCGGCCCGGCCAUGAAAGCCGGCGGCGACAAGAAGCAGGUGAAUAGCAGGUUGUUGUCCGUCGCCGUCGGAUGCUUCGUGCUCUUCGUCGUCUUCACCCUCUCCUCCCGCUACAACGCCACCUUCGUCCUCGACACCCGCCGAGGCGACUUCCGGCCGUCGAAGGGGGACAGCAGCCACGGCGGCGAGGGCGAACUGAAGCAGUUUGCCCAGCAGGGCAACGACAACAAGGCAGCAGUCACGGAAGCGGAGCUGGAGGAAUCAGUGGUCAGAGAACAGAGCAACAACGUCGGGAGAGAAGCGGAGCUGGAGGAGGCAGCGCUUGAGAGCAGCGCCGCCGCCGCCGCCGCCGACGACGACGCGACAUCUAAUUCCGACGAGCAAGCAAAGCCAGGAGACAUGACACGUGCAGCUGCAGCGGCCUCCGUGAACCAGCAGAGGCAACCGCUGUGCGACCUUUCGGGCUCACGAUCUGAUGUCUGUGACUUCACCGGCGACAUCCGCUUGGACGCCAAGGCCUCAUCAUUCAUCGUCGUCGACCCAGCGCCAACGGGCGCUGCGACUGCGAACGGGCCAACGACGACGUACAAGGUCCGGCCAUAUGCACGGAAGGGCGACGCCACGAGCAUGAGCCGUGUCACCGAGGUCACCGUGCGGACGACGGCCGACGCGGAGUCCGCGCCGCGCUGCACGGUGACGCACGCUGAGCCGGCGGUCGUGUUCUCCAUCGGCGGGUACACGGGCAACCUCUUCCACGACUUCACCGACGUGAUCGUGCCGCUCUACGGCACCGCGCAGCGCUACCGCGGCGACGUGCGCCUCGUCGUCACCGACGCGGGCGGCUCGUGGCGGUGGCUAGCCAAGUACGACGCCGUCCUGCGCGGGCUCUCGCGCCACCCGCCACUCGACCUCGCCGCCACGGCGGGGGAGGUGCACUGCUUUGGCCACGUCGUGGUCGGCCUGCGCGCCGCGCACCGGGAGCUCAUGAUCGAGCGGGAGCGCGGCAGCGGCACGGACGCGGACGGGGUCGGGAUGCCCGACUUCGCGCGGUUCCUCCGGCGCGCGCUCUCGCUGCCCCGGAACUCGCCCACCACGCUUCCCAGCAGCGGCGGCGUCACGGGCAGGAAGCCGAAGCCUCGCCUGCUGAUCGUCGCCCGCCGCGGCACCCGGCGGCUGCUGAACGCGGACGCCGUCGCGCGCGUGGCGGAGGAGGUGGGCUUCGAGGCCGUCGUGGGCGAGCUGGAGAUGAGGGUGAGCAGCGACAUCGCGGAGGUGGGGCGGCUCAUCAACUCGUUCGACGCGCUGGUGGGCGUGCACGGCGCGGGGCUCACCAACAUGGUGUUCCUGCCGCGGGGGGCCACGGUGGUGCAGGUCGUGCCGUGGGGCGGCCUGCAGUGGAUCGCGCGGAUGGACUUCGGCGACCCGGCGGAGGCCAUGGGGCUCCGGUACGUCCAGUACGAGAUCGCCGUGCACGAGAGCUCGCUCAGGGAUAAGUACCCGAGGGACCACGAGGUCUUCACCAACCCAACUGCGCUGCACAGGAAGGGCUUCAAGUUCUUGAGGCACACCUUCUUGAUCGGACAGGAUGUCACACUCGACGUCGACCGCUUCAGAGUGGUGCUGCUCCAGGCGUUCCAGAACCUCACCAAGUGGAAGUAG